CCGCGAUCACUUUCAAUAGCUGUCGAUGCAAAUGACUUUUGUGAACGCCUUCAAGCAGACCAUCAGGCAGCCCGUAUUUCGAUCAAUUCUCGUUCAACAAACACGCAAGAUGCAUAUCGAGAGCAUUCCCAUGUGGGAGGGAACUGGCAACAAUUAUGCCUACCUCGUGACGGACGACAAGACGAAAGAAGGAGUUAUCAUCGAUCCGGCAAACCCACCAGAGGUCCUGCCAUCGCUCAAGAAGGCUGUCGAUGGAGGAGUGAAGCUGACGAAUAUCAUCAACACACAUCACCAUCAUGAUCACGCCGGCGGCAACAAGGAGAUCUUGAAGGCCUACAAGCUACCCAUCAUCGGUGGCAAAGACUGUGAUCAAGUUACGAAGACUCCUAGCCAUGGCGAGACCUUCACCAUAGGAGAGGGCAUCAAAGUCAAGGCUCUCCAUACUCCUUGUCAUACACAAGACAGCAUCUGCUAUCUAUUUGAAGACGGCAACGACAGAGCCGUGUUCACCGGCGACACUCUGUUCAUCGGCGGUUGUGGGCGAUUCUUCGAAGGCACAGCGGAGGAGAUGGAUGCUGCACUGAACAAGACUCUUGCUGCUCUUCCGGAUGACACCAAAGUCUUCCCAGGGCAUGAGUACACGAAGGGCAACGUGAAAUUCGGUAUCAAGGUGUUGCAGUCCGACCCGGUCAAGAAGCUUGAAUCAUUCGCAAGUUCCAACAAGCAAACCCAAGGCAAAUUCACAAUCGGAGACGAGAAGCAGCACAACGUGUUCAUGCGGCUCGACGAUCCAACAGUGCAGAAGUUCACAGGCAAGACUGAGCGGGUUGAUGUCAUGGCGGCAUUGAGGGAGGCGAAGAAUAACUCGUGAUCCAUAGCAUGUAUAGCAACGAAGAAUCAUUCCAAUGAGUGACCACAGCAUG